AUAUAUAAACCUAUAUUAUCAACAAUCUCUGAGGAACCCGGGAAGAGAGAAUUGUGUCAUUUUUGUUUCUGUGCUUGCUUUCUUCGCUCUCAGUUUGGUUAGUUAAUUUUCAGCUGAGAUGGCAGUAGAAAUAGACGAUUCUUUCAAAAAGCCUGGAGCUGUCCCAUUUAAAUGGGAGAUCCGACCUGGUGUCCCUAAGAUCCAACGACAGCAGAAACAGCAAAAGAAAGAACUAUCACCCCCAACAUUGCCAUCACCAUCACCACCUUUCAAUCACAGGCGUCCAUCACCGACCCCUCAAGUACAAAAGCAAAAGCUUAAGCCUCCACCAGCUAGAUCCGUUUUUCUCCCUCCACCAGAGCCCCGUGCCCACUCAUUUCGAUCUGCUCCACGUAGCCGCUCUGGGGGUUGGCGGUUCGAGCAACCCACUCAUGUCCGAUCUGAAUGUGUUUCACCUGGGUGCUUCCCAUCACCUCUAUUAAGGAGAAAAGACAGCAAGAGGAGGACCAGCGCCGGCAUAGCUAAACCUGCAUCCGAACCUGAUUAUACCUCCGACCUUGACACGCUGUCUCGGUGGUCCAUUUCAAGUAGGAAGUCGCUGUCGUCAUUUCGUGAUUCACCAGCGUCCUCAUUUUCAUCGUAUCAGUCAUCACCUCGACCUGUGAGUGAUGCUCAGUGGGCUGGGUUUGGACUUUUUUGAAGGAACAUAUACAUGUUGUUUCUUCGGAAAGUUUACCAAGUCGAUAAGUUUUGAUUGCUUUACAGUUAUGUACCAGUACUAUGCCACAUGUGUUGUCACUUUGUUGGAUCUACAGCCCAAGAUGACCUGUGGAUAUUUAUUGUUCUCCUCCCAUGGAGUUUCGGAGUUUUGUUUUCCAAGAGGACUAUCGAGUUGCACGUAGAAAUCAAAGCUCGUUCCAAAAUCUCAGUCAAUGUCGUUAUGUAAACGCCAAUGUCUUGUUUUUCUAUAGAUAAUAAGGCAAUUCACUGAAGAACAAAGGUUUUUAUCAA